AUGACACUUGCCGCAGCAGCAGCAGCCGGUCAAUCACAUGAUCCCAGAUCAUAUUUGGACGUGGUGACCAGUCUGGUGAAAACAAGAAGCGGCAGCGUACUAGCAAGAAACACCAUUUUGAAAAUGGAUCACUUUCCAAGCGGAACAAACACCAAGCUCGAUUUCCAUCUUCAGGGCGCACCGAAUUUCCGUGUGGCGGGACUGGGAGUCUACGGCGUUGCGCAACCAACGGUUGUUGGCUUAUCAACGAUAUUGGCCCUGCUUAACAGUCACCCGAAAAGUCUAAAGGAAGCCUCGUGUACCUGGUUCUCUACGCGUGAAGAACCCCUGGUCUAUAUUAACGGCUGUCCUUACGUGCUGCGCGACUAUGCGGAUCCAUUGCAGAACAUGGUUGCCUUUCGAGGCAUGAAUGCUGGCCGGUUAGAAAAGGUAGAAGAACGGCUCAAGAACGAUGUCCUCAAAGAAGUCAAAAGCAUGGGCGGACUUUUGCUUGUCCAUCAAGAGCUAUCUGACGGUACCAUUGUACCCUGCUAUAUUGCAGCUGACACGGUACAAACGCCCCGAGAAGUCUUUGAUGCGUUUCGCAACGACGGUUACAGGACAACAUACUUCCGUAUACCCAUUUCACCAGAGCAAAGCCCCGAGGACAACUAUUUUGAUGAAUAUGUACGCGUAAUUAAAACCCUGGAACCAACUGACCCCUUGAUUUUUAAUUGCGGAAUGGGAGCCGUGAGAACUACUGUCGGUAUCAUUAUCGCUCAGAUCAUUCGCCGAACACAGCUGUUACGCCUUGGCCUGCCCGAUCCUUUCCCUGUCCCUGGAUGGGCUUUUCAAGUACCUGACGAUGACGAUGGUGAUGGCGUAUCAAGAGUCUUUUCGCCAGAGCUUGCACGAGGAUUGGAAGAAGCAAAUAGUGCCACUAAUCAGAACCGUGCUUUGUUGCGCUUGGUGUGCAUUUUAGAGAAAGGCCUCAACUUGAAAACAGCAUCAGGAUCGAUCAUGGAAUGGGUUUUGGAUCGUGGAAGACUGCUUGAAAAUCUUAAAGAAGCUAUCAUGGGCAAUUAUCGAUGUAUCAUCUCACUCACCUCGGUGUUGGAUAGUGGUACCUAUAGCAAGAAGCUUUUAGAUCAAGUCAUCGAUCGAUCCGAUGUGGUUGUCAACCUGCGUGACGAUAUUUUGUUGAAUCGUAUUCUCCAGACCACUCAGAGCACGAACGACAAGUCAACAUAUCUUUCCAAGGCGCUUUCCGGUUUACAGCGAUAUUUCUUCUUACUAUGCUUCACAGCCUACAUCAACGAGUCGCCAGUGGAUGCCAAUUUUGAUUUCCGCUUCUCGUCAUGGGUCAAGACACGCAGCGAAAUCUGGUCCAUGUUGACACAUAUGCGCCGCAAGGGUCCUCAGCUUUACCUGUUCCGUCCAGUGGAUGAUCUCCGUGAACUUUCGAGCAAUGGUGGCACAGGUGCCGUGGAUUUAUAUAGUACGCGCCGUGGAUGGUCUGGUACUGCACAAAGCAUGUUUGACAUGAUUGGUGCUGGUGCACAAUCGGGUAUUGUUGCAGGAGAAGUAGAAGAGUUUAUACUAAAGGCACGUAUCGGAGCAGUGCUUACGUCGCAAACUAUUCUCAAGGUCGAUUUCUGGCAGCCAUUUAGCGACAACCAUCAGAUGCAUCACACUUUCUUUAUUGACGGCGCUGCGAAUUUCCGACGAGUCGACAGCACACAUGUUUAUGGUGUUGCUCAGCCUACUGUCGACGGUAUACGUAAAGUCUUACAACAGCUGCUCAAAGACCGUCCACGAAACGAAAGAAUCAUGUGGAUCAACCUUCGAGAAGAACCCAUUAUCUACAUCAACGGCAUACCCUAUGUGCUGCGUGAUCGAUACUUUACGCUCCGUAACAUGCGUGUAUACAAGGGUAUCACGGGCGCACGACUCGAACAGCUCGAAGAUCGACUUAAAGACGACGUUAUCCGUGAAAUCAGCAACUACGAAGGAAGAAUUAUGCUCCAUGGAGAAGAUUCGGAUGGAAAUGUGCAAGCUGCGUGGGAAGAAGUUGACAUUGAAGAUGUGCGAACUGUGCGUGAAGUCAUGGAAACUGUAGCCUCUGAAGUAUACCAGGAUUUGGAAGGAGACGAUUAUACGAUUCAUCCACAGGAAGCCGCUAGCAAAGACCUCCUUGCUUACUAUCGUGUUCCUGUUACUGCUGAAAAGUCGCCUGAAUUGAAUGACUUUGAUGAUUUGCGACAGUACAUUACAAGAGUCGAUUUGUCGAAUACUGCCUUGAUCAUGAAUUGCCAAAUCGGUGUUGGCCGGUCGACACUAGGUACAGUAAUAGCAACGCUGCUGACACGAUGGCUGCGCUCCUCCACAACACCAGCAACAGUCCCUUCUACAGCGUCCCCCGAAGCAGGAUCCGAAUGCAUGCGGCCACAACGCUUAAACUACCAAAUCAUCAACAGUCUCUUGCGCGUCAUCAAGAACGGUCUGGAGAACAAGUGCAUUGUCGACGAUGCUCUGGACAGAUGCGGCGCUUCUUUGAACUUGAGAGACGUGAUUGAAUCGGCACAUAUACAAAUGGAGCGCGAAGAAGAUGAAACCCAACGACGACGGAUACUUAAACGUGGCAUUGUGUCAUUAGAGCGAUACUUUUCCUUGAUCUGUUUCCAGGCCUACUUGGACGACACGAACCCAGAUAUGGUCGGCGAGACCGAAUCAUUCGAAGCAUGGAUGAAGCGUCACCCAGAAACCAACACGAUCCGUCAAGAACUGCGAAGCGAAGAUGAAAGUCUCAUUGUCCCUGUUGAAAAGUCUUUGGGUGAUGGUGUUGCUCUGUCUAGCGAGGUCAUGCAAGUAGUGAGUGGACGUCAUGGUCAAGUCCUUGCCCAGCAAACAAUUCUUAAGCAUGAUGCUUUCCCGGGUUGCCAAAAAGUCAGUCUCAAGGAGAAGGUGGAAGGUGCAUACAACUUUAGACGGGUCGAGGUCAAGAAUGUCAAGAGCGCCGUCAAAUACGGUGGGUUAGCGGCGACCCAAAGCGGCCUAGCAGCUGAUAUGGAGCGUAGCGACGAUGAUGUGAUUAUGGCUCCGUUUAUUUGUGGAUGUGCGAUGCCUACCAAGGAUGCCAUCAAGGCUGUACUUAAGCGCCUCAAUGCCGGACCUGCCGGUAAACGUCGAGUCCUUUGGACCUGUUUGCGUGAAGAGCCUGUGCUCUAUGUUAAUAAGCGACCCUAUGUCCUCCGUCUUUACCAUGAGCCGAUCAAGAACCUGGAGACCACCGGUAUUGCACGGGAGCGUGUAGAAGACAUGGAAAAGCGGAUGCGACUGGAUGUUUUGGAGGAGCUUGGAGAGUACGAUGGUCGCUUGUUGUUGCACGAUGAAGAAACAUCCGAGAAAGGUGGGGCUAUUCUUGUGCCUGUAUGGGAAACUGUGCCAGUAGAGUGCGUCGAAACACCAAGCCAAGUAUUCCAAUCGAUCGUUGAAGAAGGCUACCAAGUCGACUAUCUUCGUGUCCCCAUUACCGAUGAACAAGCACCGAUCCCAGACGUCUUUGACCAGCUAAUCCGCCGAGUGCAGGAUGCAAAUGCCGGCGUUGACGUCCUUUUCAAUUGCCAGAUGGGUCGUGGUCGUACUACAACGGGCAUGGUGACAGCCAGUUUAAUGUCCAUGAUUCUAAAGAACGACUCGAUUAUAGACAUGACCAACUCGUACAUUGUAGAUUCAUCAUCCGACAGUGCGACUGCAGAUACGACGAACGACAGCAGCAACGUGUUGGUAUCACCUACUACUACGACUGCUAUAAGCACAUCUCACAACGAUGAAUCUCACGAAGAGAGAGAACGAUAUCAGAAUGGCGAGUACAAGAUUGUGCUACAGUUAGUCAGUGUAUUGACAUAUGGAAAGCUUGCCAAACGAUUAACGGACCAAGCUAUCAAUAUCUGCGAUCAUAUGCAAAAUCUGCGCAAGGCCGUGUAUGACUACAAGUUACGGCUUGAAGCGAUUGAAGACCGAACGUCCAAAAAGUACAAGGAAACGCGCGAGGUGGCAUUGAACUACCUUGUGCGUUACUUUUACCUGAUUGUUUUUGCCAACUAUUUGUUAGAAGAAAUGGGUAGUUUGUCGUCGUCUUCUGCAUCGUCCAUGAUUGAAGAUCAAGAUGAAGGCAAAAAAGCACCAGAAGCAACAGACACCAUUGUCGAUGACGAAGCACGCAAAAUGACAACGUUCAAGGAAUGGCUCAAAGGACGAAGGGAAAUUAUCAACAUCAUUCGGCUCCAGUCGUUUGACCUGUCUUGA